AAACUGGACAUUUUGCAGUCUUCGCCAGACCGAGAUUCCGAACAGUGUAAAUAGUUUCUUUGUGUACCCAGGAAAAUGUAGUAAAUUAUUAUUAUUGUAAAGAAUUCUUAUAAAGACUGAUAGCACAAGUUAAUAAAGAUGCACGGGCUUUCGCAUUUUUUGCACAAACACCAUUCGCGGGAGUCUACACCGCCGUUGGAGAAAGAAGACAGCACAGAUAGCUGGUACUCCUCGUUAAGUUCCAACGAUUCACGUAACACUAUUGAAGGUCAUGGCAGGGCGAUUCCGAUUACCCCAAGAGGGUCGUACGGCCAAAGAAGUCUUAGAGGACCUCCUUCUGGAAGCCCCUUCGAAUGCGCAUCUAGUCCCCGCGAUCGAUAUCCGAAUUUCGCAAGCUACUUCCGUGAAGUGAUCGAAGGGAAAGGUUCGCCGACACAACAAACCUACUAUACACACCAUCCCGACACGCGGAGACGAAGCGAAUGUGAUCGAUAUCAGAUCGGUAUCAAUACGUAUCAGGCACCAAGGCAUGACUACAGGCAGUACAUGUCGCCACUUUACAAUGACGCAAUGGAUGACAUACAAGAAAAUGAAUACAGUAAAUGUGAGCGCUACGGAGAAAUUACCAGUUCGAAAUCGAAUCAUCCGUACAAAAAUAGAUUUGAUAACAAAAGUUUUGCUCAAAAAUUGACAGAAAGUGCCAAUGCCAAUGCCAAAGAACAUGUGAGUGAAAGGAGGGGGUCGGGAGCAAGCUCUAGUGGCCACAGACACAAACACCACUCGAUACAAGAGUUGAUACGAACGUUUGGGAAGAAAGUAGGUAAUUGGCGGCACGACUCGAGCGAAGGCAGACGGGGUUCCGUGGCAGUGCCCACCGCCAGUGGUGAAGAUUCACGAACAGCUGACAGCGACGAGUUUCGAUCGCGGUCCAAGUCUUUGGACGGUGAUCAUUUGCACAAAGUAUUAAGGAGACCGCUUUUGGAGGACUGCGGCGCUACCUACCAAAUUUUUGACAGCAUACUCAGAGAAGGAGCGAACCUACGACGGACUGCAUCGCAAGACGCGGAGAAGCGUAGGUCUUCACUGGGCCACGUGCCCACCAUCAGGCACCGGGCCUCGGACGCCUUUCUGGAUCCCCACCAUGCCGCUAUGCUCUUCAGGGACUCGAGGGGGCUACCGGUUGCAGAUCCUUUCUUAGAAAAAGUGAACCUCUCCGAUUUGGAAGAGGACGAGUCCCAGAUCUUCGUGAAAUUCUUCAAGUUCCACAAGUGUUAUGAUUUGAUCCCGACGUCUGCGAAACUCGUGGUCUUCGACACACAACUGCUGGUCAAGAAGGCGUUCUUCGCUCUAGUUUACAAUGGCGUCCGAGCUGCGCCGCUAUGGGACUCCCAGCGGCAGAAGUUCGUCGGUAUGCUCACUAUCACGGACUUCAUCAAGAUACUGCAGAUGUAUUACACCAGCCCGGACGUUGCCAUGGAGGAGUUGGAGGAGCACCGCCUUGAGACAUGGCGACAGGUACUGAAGGGCUCGGUGAUGCCUCUCGUAUGCAUCGGUCCGGACUCGUCUCUUUACGACGCGAUCAGGAUGCUGAUCACGAACCGCAUCCAUCGUCUGCCGGUCAUCGACCCCGACACGGGGAACGUGCUGUACAUACUCACGCACAAGAGGAUACUACGAUUCCUGUUCCUUUAUAUCAACGAACUGCCAAAGCCUGCGUACCUCCAAUGCAAACUGCGAGAGGUGAGAAUCGGCACUCUGAACGACAUAGAGACGGCGACAGAAGACACGUCCAUCAUCGAGGCGCUUCGGAAGUUCGUCAACAGGAGAGUGUCGGCGUUGCCGCUAGUGGACGCCGAGGGCCGGCUCAAAGAUAUUUACGCCAAAUUCGAUGUCAUCAACUUGGCAGCUGAGAAGACGUACAACAACCUGGACGUAUCCCUGAAGACUGCCAAUGAGCACCGCAACGACUGGUUCGAGGGCGUCCAGAAGUGCACCCUGGACGAGACGCUGUUUGACGUCAUGGAGAGAAUCGUCAGGGCCGAGGUUCAUCGUCUAGUUGUGGUCGAUGAAGAGGACAAGGUUAUAGGCAUAAUAUCACUAUCGGAUCUCCUUAUGUACCUCGUAUUACGGCCGACCGGCGAAUGCGGCGGUGCAAGUCUUCGCAACGAACACUCGUCAAUAGAGGAAGAAAAUGAUGAGACUCCACCUUCGGACGUUGAAGGAAGCGGUGUGAAUACCGUUCUCGAGGAAUCCGCGGAAUCGUCAGAAACACCGUAGGUAGAUUUUCAGUUUAGCCGACUGCUGUGGCCGUUGGGGGCUGAGAAAAUUUAAAAAAAUAAAGCUGUAUUUUUCAUACAUGACAGCUGAGAUGUAGAAACUAAAAAAAUACUGUAAUUUCCACAUAAAAACUGUACCGAGACUUGAAUGGCGGUUUUGUGGUGUGGGAUGUCAGCCCUAGAAUUUUUAAUCUACGAAUCUUGUUGCGAUUAAAUGAAGUCUUAUUACCGCGUAUUGCGGUCGAUUUUAGAAUUGUUUAUUGAAGUUUUUUGACGAAUCGUUACCGUUCGAUGUCAAAGGAAAUGAUUCGUCGAAUCGUUUCAAUAAACUUUUAAGGAAUAAUUUGGCCAAUUGUUUCGCUUCAAUAUCAAAGUAAUCAUUUGUCGAAUUUUUAGGUAUCAAAUAAAAUAUAAGUUCAGUUAAUGAAAAUAUCUAAUGGCGCUAUCUCACUUUGCCAACCCAACGUCACCCCACAUUUAUUUGGCGUUUCGGAGCUCUACUGUUAUCUAUUGACGGUUGUGAUGUAAAGUCAAAAUUGUGAAUGAUUUUGAUAAAGAUUUUCAAUUCCACUUUUGAUAUAUUUAUAUGCAUAUUCCAUUAUGUUUGUAUAGUAACUAUAGUGCAGUUAUACUCGGUGUAUGUAUAAUAUUUCUUCCCACGAUACCUCUGUAGGUGACGGCUAGCAAAUUGUUAUAAAACUUCGCUCAGGAGUCGCCAAAGAUUAUAUAAAUAUUCGAUGAAAAGAAUUAAUUUAAGAUGAACAUACUAUAAUGCACAAAACGUUAUGUCCUUUUAGACGUUUCAUCGAAAGAUUUUUCAAUAAGCAUAAUAUAACUUACCAGAAUAUGUCAUGAGUGAUAUUUUUAUUAGUUAUUGUCCAUAAAAUUAAUUUAUUCGUAUUUAAUUUUAUGAAUAUGACGACGUUUUAACUGUUUGUACAUUUAAUGGGUUUGUAUAUGUUAGUCCGUGUUAAUAUGUUUAAUUUAUUUUGAAAUAAAACGCCCGCAAGAUGAAUUUACACGUUUUUAAUUAACUUAUUUUUGUCAUAAUUUUGCUUAUUUUAUAUUUAUUGAUAUGAACUUAAUGCCUGUACGAUACAGAAAAGGCAUUAAUUUUAUGGAGAUAUGUCCAAGAAUGGAGAAGUUGAUAGUUUUAAUAUAUUUUGAAUAUGGAAGAAUUAAACAGUCGAACCAAAAUUAUGAAAAUCUAGAAGUCUGAAAAAUAUGACAAUAAUAAGUGAUUUGUGAUGCGUCGAUUUUAUGUAUGGCGAAGUCACGUAUCCGUAUAAAUAACCUCAGUCACACUUAUAAUAAGCUAAAGCGCUUGUGUUUCAAAAAUAAAAUAUAUUCAACAGACUUGUUGCAAUAGGGUGAAAAUAAUGUGACAACGUUUUCACUACAACACUACUUUUGAUAUGGCAUAUUGAAAAAAAAAAGCCCUUAGCUAGAGGUUCUUGGUUUUGACCUAUAUUUUACAUUAAUUACUUUCAAUUAUAUUUUUUUAUCAAACUUCUCCAUUAUCGAAGUUGUACAGGCUACGUCCUAUAUAGCAAUUUAUGCAAAACUAUUUAAAUAAUAUCUAUAUGCCGCCACCUACACAAUCUUCUUGAAGGGGGAGGCAUCGGAAUCUAUAUAUAUAUAGUAGGAUUUUCAUUAACUCUAGAAUAAAGAAAACUCAUCGGUGGUAUAAUAUAAAAUGGUAUACGUGAACAAUUAUUAUGUAUUAUAUUAAUUAUUGUGAGUACAAUUGAAGCAUUGGUUUAGUUGAAAAAAUUAUUUGAUGAAAAAUAUUUUUUGAUCAAAAGUUUGCUUAGUGGUAGAUCCAAUUCGUCAAAUUACAGCCUGGAAACUAAUUUUUGAUAUAAAUUAUGUAUUUUUUUUUUUUUGUAUUAUUUGCUCAUUUUACUUAUUUUUAAGACGGAUGUAAAAUUAGGGAUUCAUUUCAAAGAUUUUAAAAAAUCUUAAUAAUUAUAAUGGCGGAAGUACUAUCCUGUCUGUUAGAUAUACCCUUUCUCGCCUAUACCACUCAAACGAUUUUGAUGAAAUUAGAGACAUUGAAAAACUUCCUUUCUUCGUGAAAACUGGUUUAGGGGGUUCAAAAUAGUGGAUGGAAGUUUGUUUUAUGUGGAAGAAGUUUUAAAAGCUAGGUAAUAUUAAAAUUAAAUAAUUAUUUAACCAUUGUAUACGAUAUUGCAUACCCAGUGACAUAUAUUCCAUACAAACAAUAUGAUUCGGAAUAAUGUGAGAAUAUAAAUUGUACCUAUGUUAGCUGUCGUCAGAAAUGAUGGUGAUCACCCCGAUCAGUUACUACAAAGAUUUAUUAAACAGCUUUAAAACUGCAUGUGUUACAACACGACGACACAUAAAUCCUUUCGUUUCCAAUUAUGUCAUAAUUAUUGUAUUAUAUUGGUAAUAACAUUUUAAAUUAGUACAUUGUAAAAAUGUUAUCAAAAUAUCAAGACAUCAUAUUAUAUGAAUGCGUCGCUAUGUAUGCAAUUCGACAUAAUAUUUAUCGAAUUAGAUCUAACACACAAACACUCGUAAUAUUCUCAUAAUCGAAAAUCAUAAACUGUAUAUAAUUGUAGUUAUUUUUAACUGAACAGGCUGUUUUUAACUAUUUGGCAGACUUUCGUAAUGUACAGUGGGUCAUGCAGCAAGGUAACACUAUACCUUCAAAGCGUAGAUGUAUGGUGUAGGUAGGUGUUAUAACGAUUGGAAUUAUACACGUAUGAUCCGCUGUACUUACCUAUACAAUACACGUUGCCGCGUUUGAAGUCAGAUCAUUGUCAAUUUUAAUACUCAAGUCAAUUAUAGAUUAAAAACUUAAUUGAUGUGAUGAUGAAGGGAGAUUUGUUUUGACAUGAACGGGUAAAUGUACAUACUUAAUGAAAGCAUCGCGCAAAAUAGCUCAUUAAAAUGUCAAAUAAUUAUAAAACCAACCUGUUUAAGGUGCGUGCAAAUAAAGUACAAAUAUUUUAUGUAUAGAUUCGAAAUUCUGAACAACUUGGAGAUUUUUUUUUAAUAAACAUGUAAAAAUUUAUUACUUACUAUGAAUUUUUUUAUGUUUAGAAAAUAAUGUGGAAUUACAUUGUUAAAAAAUGUUCCAACCGGUUUGUUUUCGACAAACACAGACUUAACCAAUCCAGGAUUUUGGUGACGUACCUACCUCGAACUCCUCCCAAGGAACGAGGGGACGCAACGAAUACGUCCUUUCGCACUAAACACUAAUCAAGCGUUCACGGACAGUGAGAAAGUUGUUCAGAAUGCAUUUCCGAAUGAAAUGUAUUCGUACUUAAUUUGUACGACCCUUAUAUUUCGACAUAUCCAAAGCUCACGUGUCCCGCAAGUAUUAUUGUGUUAUUAAUUUAUGAAUAGAAUAACUAAUAUUCUUAGUUAUAAAUGUUGUAUUAAUUAUACCCAAUAACUUAGUGUCUAUAUUGUAUAAUUUUGGAGACUAAAAUCGGUAAAUGUGUAUAAACUUGAGGAGAAAUAGUUUUAACGACAGUCGUACUGUCUUGUAGUAAAAACAUACACUCACAUUAUAAACGUCAUUUGAAUAAAACUUGGUUCCGUUA